UUAUCUUAGAAAAACGUCUCACAGAUUAAUACUUAAUUAAUCCGAUCUCAACCUGAUACACGACCAAAGUGGAAUUCGUUGGUCCCCUCCAAUAGCCGCAAUCUCAGAUCCGAUCCCUCUCUCUCUCUCUCUCUCUCUCUCCGCAGUCGCGAUAAUGGUAAAUCAGAGUUACGUUCGUGGGAAUACAAUCGAGUAUCUUUGAGGCCCCCCGAUGAUGCAUUACUAACCAUGCUUCUUCUUCUUGUUUUUUUUUUUUUUUUCAAAUUGAUUUUCCUUUAUUAUUUCUUCGGGUCCAUUUGCUGCCUCUGGAAUGAUGCUUCUUUAGCCAAAUCAGACUAUUUUUGAUGUGCUCCGUGAGGCAUCCUCUUUCAAAGCUUUUCUCUUAGUAACCGGUGAUAUAGCUUUGGUUGGAUGCCUUUCGUCGAAGCGCAUCCUCUGAUGAUACACUUGAGAUUGGUUGCCUUGCUGACCCAGAGUUUGCCCUUAUUCAGCAAGUGGGAAUUGUUUGAUUUAUCAAGCAAAGUUAUAUUUCCGCGGCUCUUGUUGUAUGAAUGGAUCCCCUUGCUCUCCAGGGAGCUGCCCAACAGUGUGCUUAUAAUGAAUUUUUUAAGUAGUUCAUAUUCUCUGCGUUUCUGCUUCUCUUCUCGUAUCUGGUUCUCAGUGAUGAAAUGAUGGCAUAGGAUUUUUGAACUAGUUGUCUUUUGAACCAACAAGAAUGCAAUUUUUUUAAUCUGCACUAAGCGAGCUUAUCUUUAUAAAAGCACAACUCCUACUCUGUUGCAGUUAUGAUUGCUGGUUUUCCCUUUCAGGUGAUUGGCAAAGUUCAAGAAGAGGCCGAGGGCCGUGCAUUAAGCCAUAUGCAUGUCCUUCUCUCGCCAAUCCUUCUGUUGGUAUCUCUAGUUAAACUUGCUCAGAUAGAAAGCCGCCUGGGGUGGGCUGCCUAAGGGGCAGAGUUAGAGAAGAAGGUGCUUUUGGUGGAAAAGCUAAAAGCACCGAGCCUGGUGGAGAUGAGGGGAGGGCUAAAGGCAGGGGUAGGUGAAAUUCAGCUGGUAAACCCGGCGGAAACAAAGUGCGGGCUGUCAUGUUCAUCAAGGAAUGACUGAUACCUUAAUCACCAUUUUUUAACAGUCUUAAGGUUUAAUGCCCUUCAAUCUUCGUAAUUGUUGCUAUUGGUCUAGGACAAUGGCAUUCUUGUCUCUGCAAUCUUUCUUCAGUUGAAUGAUAUACCUUAAUAGCAUGAGCUGGAUGGUGGAUCGAGGAUGGAGGUUUAGGUCAUUGGUCAAAAUCCCAUUUGGAUGCAUGAGUUUAUGACAUUGUUAAUCAUAUGAUUCUUGUCCCUGCAAUCUUUCUUCACUCAAACAAUCUAUCUUCCUGGCAUGAGCAGGAUGGAAGGUGGGUGAACAAGGUCGUUUGAUAUUAUGUUCAACAGUUCAGUAAUUGAAUUGGAAACAGUUUGGCAAACUUGAAGCAUUAUGUUUCAUUUACAAACAAGAUCAAAUGGGAUAUCAGUCUUGCUACGCUGCUAUUAGGACGGUUGCAUGGAAGGAAGAUUGCUAAUGAGGAGCAGAUUCAGUGUCUUAUUCUCUUGAUGUAAAACUUUUUGAAACAGAAAGUCAAUUAGUAGUUUUCGUUCUUUGAUGUCUUCAGUGGUGAUGGUGCAUCUUCGGCUUUCCCUAAACUUCUAAAUCUCAUUAACAGUUUCUAGUGUCUGGCAAUGUAUGACUAUAUAUGGCUAUAUAGUUUUAACACUUAAAUGCCUAAUCUCGUCUUAAUACACAUUCAAUGUAAGAUUCAUGGCUCUCUUAUGGGCCUUGACAUUAAGUUUAUGUCCAACACAAAUAGCAAAGUUCUUCCUUGGAAAAGAAUAAAGAGCUGCAGAUUGUGAAUAUCCCAUCCAGUGUUUUUUUUUAAGAUAGAAUAAAUGGCUCUCCAUUUUCCGAAUCUUAUCGUUGACUUUCCUCUCCUCAAACCUCUUUUCGAAAAAUAUUUUUCUCAAUUUAUUUUAAAAAAAAAGUAUUAAAUUUUUUAGUAACGUAUUUAAAUAGCUUAUCAAACACAAACAUAUCUCAUAUGCAGAUAUUUUUUGACUUUCUGUUGGAACCUUUGUCUUCAGAAACACAUGCACACAGAUAACGACGUUGAACUUGUUACUCCAUUAAUCUAAGCUUUUCUUACAGCAACCACCUUUUCAGCCCGACAGUAACUGGAUGCUUUCAGAAUGGCUGAAAUCAAAGCAGAACCUGCUCAACAUCAUACUGUGACCAUCCCCAUGGCCGACGACUCAGCUCAGAAGCCCCAUAAAACUCAGCGUGUUGCCUCACUUGACAUUUUCAGAGGCCUUACUGUGGCGCUGAUGAUUCUAGUAGAUGAUGCUGGAGGAGAGUGGCCUGUGAUUGGUCAUGCACCAUGGCACGGCUGCAACCUUGCCGAUUUCGUUAUGCCCUUCUUUCUUUUCAUUGUUGGCAUGGCCAUUCCUCUUGCUCUUAAGAGAAUACCAGGUAAACGCAAAGCUAUCCAGAAGGUGGGUUUCAGGACUUUGAAGCUCCUCUUUUGGGGUCUCUUAUUACAAGGAGGGUAUUCACAUGCUCCUGACGUGCUAACAAAUGGCGUUGAUAUGAAAAUGAUAAGAUUCUGUGGCAUUCUACAGAGAAUAGCUUUUGCAUAUCUGGUAGUGGCACUUGCAGAGAUUUUUCUGAAAGAUGCACAACCCAAAGAUGUUUCAGCUGGUCAUUUCUCUGUGUUCAGGUUAUCCUGUUGGCAUUGGCUGGUGGGUGCAUGCAUACUUAUUAUGUACUUGGCUUUACUUUACGGAAUAUAUGUUCCUGACUGGCAGUUCACUGUCCAAAAUAAGGACAGUGCUGAUUAUGGGAAGGUUUUCACCGUAGCCUGCAAUGUGAGAGGAAAACUGGAUCCUCCUUGCAAUGCUGUGGGAUAUAUUGACAGAGAAAUAUUAGGGAUCAAUCACAUGUACCAACGACCAGCAUGGAGAAGAUCCAAGGCUUGCACAGUGAAUUCCCCUUACGAGGGACCAUUUAAAGAUGCCGCUCCAUCAUGGUGCCAUGCACCCUUCGAACCUGAAGGGAUUCUAAGUUCUAUAUCUGCUAUUCUUUCCACAAUCAUUGGAGUCCAUUUUGGGCAUGUGCUUGUACAUUUGAAGGGUCAUUCUGAAAGACUGAGGCAGUGGAUCAUAGUGGGAUUUGCUCUCCUUAUUCUUGGAAUUGUUCUACAUUUCACAGCGAUUCCUUUGAAUAAACAGCUAUACACUUUCAGCUAUGUUUGUGUAACAUCUGGAGCAGCAGCACUUGUUUUCUCAGCCAUCUAUAUCCUGGUUGAUAUUUGGGAUCUGAAGCUGGUGUUUCUGCCAUUAAAAUGGAUUGGCAUGAAUGCCAUGCUGGUUUAUGUUAUGGCAGCUGAAGGGAUCUUUGCAGGUUUCAUCAAUGGAUGGUACUACGAGGAUCCACAUAAUACACUGGUAUAUUGGAUUCAAAAGCACAUAUUCAUUGGGGUUUGGCAUUCAAGAAGAGUAGGCAUUCUGCUCUAUGUUAUAUUUGCAGAGAUCCUCUUCUGGGCUAUCAUUGCAGGCAUUUUGCAUCGAUCAGGAAUUUAUUGGAAGCUUUGAGAUUUCCCCCAAGGCCAUAUGGAUACUCAGUAACUUGCAAUACUGAAAUAUUAGAUACUUAGUUAUUGAAAUAUUAUAUAAUUUGGGCCUCCUUGAAACAUGAUUCCCACCAUGGACGACUUAAAUAUUCGAUUGUUAUUGUAAGUGGUAGAGUGACUUUAUUGUCACGAUACACUAGCACUCAAUCUUUUGUUGUUUCGAUUCGUAUUUUUUUUAAAAAAAAACUUAUAUAAUUUUCUAAUUUUUUCAGUAAAUUGUCAAUGAUGUCAAAA